GCUCGUCUCCUGCCGGUGCCUAACGUCCCCGUCCCCCGAGCGCUGAGCGUUGCGUUGGUCGAAGGUGCUCUGGGGGCUUCUCGGUGGAAUGCGGUCUCCUCCAGCUCAGCCGACGGAGACGCUUUCCUGAGUCCUGGAUCUUUCUUCCUUCUGGACAUAUUCUACUGUGGGUAUUUAUUUAUUUUUGAAUAAAAGCAAGCACACGUCAUGGACCUCGUUGGAUUGCUGAAGUCUCAGUUCCUGUGCCACCUCGUCUUCUGUUACGUGUUUAUUGCCUCGGGGCUAAUAAUCAACAGCAUUCAGCUCUGCACUCUCGUUCUCUGGCCAAUUAACAAGCAGCUCUUCAGGAGAAUCAACUGCAGACUGUCCUACUGCAUCUCAAGCCAGCUGGUGAUGCUGCUGGAGUGGUGGUCGGGCACCGAGUGCAUCAUCUACACUGACCCGCGGGCCUACCCCAAGUAUGGAAAGGAAAAUGCCAUUGUGGUUCUCAACCACAAGUUUGAAAUUGACUUCCUCUGCGGCUGGAGCCUGGCCGAACGCUUCGGGCUCCUAGGGGGCUCCAAAGUCCUGGCCAAGAAGGAGCUGGCUUACGUCCCCAUCAUUGGCUGGAUGUGGUACUUCACGGAGAUGGUCUUCUGCACACGCAAGUGGGAGCAAGAUCGCAAGACAGUCGCCACGAGCCUGCUGCACCUCCGAGAUUACCCUGAGAAGUACCUUUUCCUGAUCCACUGUGAGGGCACACGGUUCACGGAGAAGAAGCACCAGAUCAGCAUGCAGGUGGCCCAAGCCAAGGGGCUGCCCAGCCUCAAGCACCACCUGCUGCCGCGCACCAAGGGCUUCGGUGUCACCGUGAGGAGUUUGAGAAAUGUAGUUUCAGCUGUAUAUGACUGUACACUCAAUUUCAGAAAUAACGAAAAUCCAACACUGCUGGGAGUCCUAAACGGAAAGAAAUACCAUGCAGACAUGUAUGUUAGGCGGAUUCCACUGGAAGACAUCCCAGAAGAUGAGGACAAGUGUUCAGCCUGGCUCCACAAACUCUACCAGGAGAAGGACGCCUUUCAGGAGGAGUACUACAGGACAGGCACCUUCCCCGAGACCCCCCUGGUGCCCCCGCGGCGGCCCUGGACCCUGGUGAACUGGCUGUUCUGGGCCUCGCUGCUGCUAUACCCCUUCUUCCAGUUCCUGGUCAGCAUGGUGAGCAGCGGCUCCUCCCUGACGCUGGCCAGCUUCGUCCUCGUCUUCUUCGUGGCUUCCGUGGGAGUUCGAUGGAUGAUUGGUGUGACAGAGAUCGACAAGGGCUCUGCCUACGGCAACAUCGACAGCAAGCAGAGGCACAGUGACUGACUCGGGGAUGUGUCGCCAUCCAAAGGGAACCUUGGGGAACUGGCGGCCUCUGUACAUCCUUCUUAGUGGGAUUUGGUAACGAAGGUUGGGUGAGCCCCUGUUGGGAAGAGCAGAAGUCACAGCCUCUCCAGCCACAGAGUUUGGUCUCAGAGCCGGACAGGGAGGAAGAUGCUCUUAAAUCUUUUUCGCAUGGGCUUUAGUGGGUUUGGUUUUCUUUCUUUUCAUGCACAUGUGUGUGAGGAUGGAUGUGCGGCUGUGAGCCUUGUUCUGUGACCAUUCGGAGGGCACGUUAGGCUGCAGGGGAGGGCAGGGCUGGGGAAUGAAGGGGGAAAGUGCUCCCUUCCAUCCUUUGGUGCUGAGUUUCUGUAACCCUUGAUUGCCAGAGAUAGAGUGAAAAAGCGCUUUAGGUAAGAAAACUAAAUUAUGCCUCUAAAAAAAAAAUUAAAGUGUUUGUCUGGGUCA